CCGGCCGAACGAAAUAGAGAGAGAGAGAGAGAGAGAGUGAGAGUGACGGCGAGGAAGAGGAGAGAUGUGGUUCGCCGGCGGUGGAGUAGGAGGACUGAGGAAGCUCUGCAGAGCGUCGGCUGUUUUCGAAAAUGAGCUGAGUUAUAACUCUUUGUUGGUGAGAUACAUGUCGAGAGAACGAGCUGUAAACGUCCGGAAGAUAAACCCUAAGGUUCCGAUCCAAGAAGCUUACGCCAUUUCCAAUUCUCUUUACGAUCUCUUUAAGCAACAUGGUCCUCUUUCCGUUCCCAACACUUGGCUCCGCGCUCAGGAAGCUGGGGUUAGUGGACUGAACAGCAAAACGCACAUGAAGCUAUUGUUGAAAUGGAUGAGAGGGAAAAAAAUGCUCAAGUUAAUCUGCAACCAAGUUGGCUCAUCGAAAAAGUUCUUCCACAGCGUUUUACCUGAAGAUCCUCAACAGGACCAACCGGAUGCUGUGCCUGAGAUCAAGAAACAAGCCUCUAAGAAACGAAGCAAAUAGGGGGCAUUGGAGUCUAGAUACUGAAUAGAGAGAACAAAUCUCUCUUUUGUAUGUUUCUUCUUCGAGGGAAUGAAAUGUGUUUAUCUGUUUCUAGUCUCAGAGAAAACAUUUUUUAGUAAGAUCUUUCUUGAGAAGUCACGACUUGCUUUGAUCUUUGCCCCGUUCCCUUUAAUAAAAGAAGAUCACUUCCUC